AUGUUCAGAAGCCCAGGAAUUUCCAGCUGUUUGGGAGCUUUCAAGUUCUCUGAAAAACAAGAUUUCAACAAGAAAAACUUAAACUUCAUUGGAUUCCCACCUCAAAGAAAAUUUCCAAGAAAUUUUAGCUUUCAGAAAGAGUUUUCACUCGAAGAUAAAGGGCAAUUUACUAACGGCAAAAGAGGAAUUGAUGCUAAGUUUUUAGCUGCUCUUCCUAAAGUUGCAGAAUUAAGAAAAAUCUUUGAACCAAAGAAGGAAGAAUUUUUAGAAAUGAAAAGAAAAGAAAGAAUUGCUAGACGUUUGGAAGGUAUUGAAAAUGACGCCCAGCCCAUCCUUCUGCAGAGCUGCACAGGGUUAGUGACUCAUCGUCUGCUGGGGGAGGACACGCCCAGAUACAUGCGCGCCACAGACCCAUCCAGCCCCCACAUUGGUCGAUCAAAUGAAGAGGAAGAAACUUCUGAUUCUUGUUUAGAAAAGCAAACUCAAUCUAAAUACUGCACAGAAAUCUCUGGUGACUCAUCCUAUAGUUCAAGCACCAUGGACACCCAGGGUCUUGAGUCCAAAGCUGAAAGAAUAGCACGGUACAAAGCAGAAAGGAGACGGCAGCUUGCAGAAAAAUAUGGGCUGACUCUGGAUUCCGAAGGUGACUCUGAAUAUUUAUCUCGAUAUACCAAGUCCAGGAAGGAACCUGAUGCUGUUGAGAAAAGGGGAGGAAAAAGUGACAAACAGGAAGAGUCCAGCAAGGAUUUGAGUUCUGUGUACUCCAGGACUGAGACCAUGGGGCUCCAGACCUCCACGGUUGAAUCCAAGAACUAUGCCUUCCCUGGGAGUGAAACUGUUUCAGACAAGGAGGUGCUGCUGAAUGUGGAAAACCAAAGACAAGUUCAAGAAUUAAGUGCCACUGGGCAGGCCCAUGAUCUCCCCCCAGCAGCUGAGAGUUCCUCAUCCUUCUCAUUCUCUGGGCAAGACUCCUCUUUCAGUGAAGUGCCAAGAUCUCCCAAGCACAGGGUACCCCUCUCCUCACCUAAGCAACCAGCCUCACCCAGCCACUCCAUUGGUGACCCUCCAUCACACAUCGAGGCUCGAUCCAGUACAGGGAAACCCAAACAUGAGUGGUUUCUUCAGAAAGAUUCCGAAGGAGACACACCUUCGCUUAUCAACUGGCCUUCCAGAAUAAAGGUUAGAGAAAAAUUGGUGAAGGAGGAGAGUGCUCGCAGCAGCCCUGAACAUGCCUCAGAGUCCUUAACUCAGAGGAGACAUCAGCCAAUGCCUGUGCAUUACCUGUCCUUUCAGUCAGAAAACUCAGCUUUCGAUAGGGUCCCAAGCAAGGCAGCUGGCUCAGCCUGUCAGCCAAUCCGUGGCUAUGUCCAACCAGCCGAUGCUGUUCACACUGCCAAGCUGAUGACCACAGAAAACCUAGAAAAUACCUCUGAAUGUAGCUGGGCAGAAUCAGCCACCCACCAUGUAAUAAAACCUUCCACUUCGAAGGUUGUAGAAGGUGAGAGAAGGGAGACCCCAGUUCUCCAUAUUAGUGAAUCAAAAACAGAAGAAGACUUAUUCAUAACCGAAGCUCUUGAAAAAAGCAAGAAAACACUUUUAACUUUGGAGGAUCAUGGGCCUGUGAGAAGCCAAGAAGACAACCUCCCUAGAGAUGAGGACUUUGGUAAGCCUGCUAUUAACACAAUCACCUCAAAGCAUCAGAAGGAGCAAGCACGUCUGUCACACCCACCUAAAGGUCAGCAGCAGCCCUCUGAGAGAAUGGGCAGGAGUGAAAUGGUUGUGUAUGUUCAGCGUGAGCCUGCAUCCCAAAACACCAACCUGGCAAGUCACAGAAAGGAAGUUUCUUUGAAGAAGCGCAAGGUCCUCACUCGCUCACUCUCUGAUUACACUGGCCCCCCUCAACUUCAGGCCUCAAAGUGCAAGGACCCCAUUUCCAAGGGAGAGCCACAGAGUUCCAAAGUUGAAGGGCUCUACACAGAGCUUGGCAUGGUGGACACCAAGGUCUCUGUUGCCCAGCUCCGAAGUGUGUUUCUGGAGUCUGCCAGUGCCAUCAAGAAACCAGAACUCCAUUCACGGGUUGAGAGGUCAGCUGAAGGAGUUGGCUCCCCUACCAGUAUGGAACGGGAGAGAGGGUCCCGGAAACCAAGACGGUAUUUUUCACCUGGUGAAAGUAGAAAGACUUCUGAGAGAUUUAGAACUCAACCUAUAACCUCAGCAGAACGAAAGGAGUCGGAUAGAUGUACUUCAAAUUCAGAAAUGCCAACUGCUGACGAUGAAGAAAAGGUAGAUGAACGAGCUAAGCUGAGUGUUGCUGCAAAGAGGCUACUUUUCAGGGAAAUGGAAAAAUCAUUCGAAGAAAAAAACGUUCCUAAACGACGCUCAAGAAACGCAGCGGUGGAACAAAGGCUUCGCCGUCUGCAGGACAGAUCCCACACCCAACCCGUUACCACUGAGGAGGUGGUCAUCGCAGCCACUGAACCUAUCCCUGCUUCGUGUUCUGUGGCCACCCACCCUGUAAUGGCAAGACUUCCUAGCCCCACUCUAGCUAAGAGCACUGUGCAGCCUGCCAGAUUACAGGCAUCCGCUCACCAAAAGGCAUUAGCUAGGGACCAGGCAAAUGAGGGCAAAGACUCAGCUGAACAAGGUGAACCUGAUUCCUCUAUGCUCAGCCUCGCAGAGAAGUUGGCCUUGUUUAACAAAUUGUCCCAGCCAGUGUCCAAAGCUAUUUCUACCCGAAACAGAAUAGACAUGAGACAGAGGAGAAUGAAUGCUCGCUAUCAAACACAGCCUGUCACGCUCGGAGAGGUGGAACAGGUACAAAGUGGAAAGCUCAUUCCUUUCGCACCUACCGUUAACACAUCUGUGUCCACUGUGGCACCUACGGUCACGCCAAUGUAUGCAGGGGACCUUCGGGCAAAGCCAUCUGUUGAUGACAAUACAAGCGCCACUGACUAUAAGUUCCCUUCUUCGAUAGAAAAUUCAGACUCUCCAGUGAGAAGCAUUCUGAAAUCGCAAGCAAGGCAGCCUUCAGUAGAAGAUAGUGGGAGCAAAGGAACGUGGAGAGAAUUUGGAGAGACAGAAAGCAAGCGAGUCUUGACAAGUGGAAACAGUUGGGCUAAAAAGUAUGAGUCUUUUGAGGAAGCAGAACCGUCCUACCCCAUUCUUAAUAGAGUCAGAGAAGGAGACGGCCAUAAAGAACCUAAAUAUGCUGUUCCACGGAAAGGAAGCAUGGAGCUAGCUAAUCCUCCCAUGGCCCAUCUUUGUGAUGAACUGAAGGAAUUUUCCACUGCUAGAAGCAUUUCACAGGGGAACCAGGACUUGAAAGACAGGCAGCCCUUUGAAGAGAAGGUGGAGAUGGAGAAUGUCACAAAAAGCAAGUUUGCUCUAAGAGCAGCGGAGCUUGGGGAGCCCACUUGUGAGCUGACGGGCACAGCUGCUGGGAAAGCUGUUGCUCCAACCACAGCCUUGGUGCCGUGUAAGCAGCAAGACUUGGCAGAACAAGAACAAGAGAAGUUCUAUAAGAAUCCAUGUGCCAUGUUUGCUGCCGGAGAGAUCAAAGCGCCAAUGAUGGAGGGCAUCCUUGACUCGCCCAGCAAAACCAUGUCAAUUAAAGAAAGAUUGGCACUGUUAAAGAAGAGUGGAGAGGAAGACUGGAAAAAUAGACUUAACAAAAAGCAAGAAUACAGCAAAGCAUCUGUCUCAAGUAGCUUGCAUAUACAAGAAGUGGAGCAGUCACUCAAGAAGAAGCGGGUCACAGAAAGUCGAGAGAGCCAAAUGACUAUCGAGGAGAGGAAACACCUCAUUACUGUGAGAGAAGAAGCCUGGAAGACAAAAGGCAAAGGGGCAGCCAACGACUCCACCCAGUUCACUGUGGCUGGCAGAAUGGUGAAGAAAGGUUUGGCAUCACCUACCGCCAUCACUCCAGUAGCUUCCCCUCUUUGCAAUAAAACAAGGGGCACUACCCCAGUUUCCAAACCCCUAGAAGAUAUUGAAGCCAGGCCAGACAUGCAGUUGGAAUCCGACCUGAAGCUGGACAGGCUGGAGACAUUCCUACGAAGGCUGAACAGCAAAGUUGGUGGGAUGCAAGAAACUGUCCUCACUGUCACUGGUAAAUCUGUUAAAGAAGUGAUGAAGUUGGAUGAUGAUGAAACCUUUGCCAAAUUUUACCGCAGCAUGGAUUAUACUACACAAAGAAGUCCCGUGGAGCUAGACGAGGACUUCGAUGUUAUUUUCGAUCCCUAUGCACCCAAGCUGACCUCCUCUGUGGCUGAACACAAGCGUGCAGUCAGGCCCAAGCGCCGGGUGCAGGCUUCCAAAAACCCCCUGAAAAUGCUGGCAGCACGAGAGGAUCUUCUUCAGGAAUAUACGGAGCAGAGAUUAAAUGUUGCUUUCAUGGAGUCAAAGAGGAUGAAAGUAGAAAAGAUGUCCUCCAACUCCAACUUUUCAGAAGUUACCCUGGCAGGUUUAGCCAGUAAAGAAAACUUCAGCAACGUCAGCCUGCGGAGCGUCAACCUUACGGAGCAGAAUUCCAACAACAGCGCAGUGCCCUACAAGAAGCUAAUGCUGUUACAGAUCAAAGGAAGAAGACACGUACAGACAAGACUUGUUGAGCCACGAGCUUCGUCCCUCAACAGUGGGGACUGCUUCCUUCUGUUAUCUCCCCACUACUGCUUCCUGUGGGUAGGAGAGUUUGCAAAUGUCAUAGAAAAGGCAAAGGCCUCAGAACUUGCAACUUUAAUUCAGACGAAGAGGGAACUCGGUUGCAGAGCGACUUAUAUCCAAACCAUCGAAGAAGGAAUUAACACACACACCCACGCAGCCAAAGACUUCUGGAAACUCUUGGGCGGCCAAACCAGUUAUCAAUCUGCUGGAGACCCCAAAGAAGAUGAACUGUAUGAAACAGCCAUAAUAGAAACAAACUGCAUUUACCGUUUGAUGGAUGACAAGCUUGUGCCUGAUGAUGACUACUGGGGGAAGAUUCCAAAGUGCUCCCUUCUGCAACCAAAAGAGGUGCUGGUGUUUGAUUUUGGUAGUGAAGUUUACGUGUGGCAUGGAAAAGAAGUCACCUUAGCACAACGGAAAAUUGCAUUUCAGCUGGCAAAACAUUUAUGGAAUGGAACCUUUGACUAUGAGAAUUGUGACAUCAAUCCUUUGGAUCCUGGAGAAUGCAAUCCCCUCAUUCCCAGAAAAGGACAAGGGCGGCCUGAUUGGGCGAUAUUUGGGAGACUUACUGAACAUAAUGAGACAAUUCUGUUUAAAGAAAAAUUUCUUGAUUGGACAGAACUGAAGAAACCAAAUGAGAAGAAUGCCAGUGAACUCGGCCAGCAGAAGGAAGAUCCUCGGACUGACAUCAAGCCAUACGAUGUGACACGGAUGGUGCCGGUGCCCCAGAUAACUGCCGGCAGUGUCCUGGAUGGGGUGAACGUGGGCCGUGGCUAUGGCCUGGUAGAAGGAGAUGACCGGCGGCAGUUUGAAAUUGCCAGUGUCUCGGUGGAUGUCUGGCACAUCCUGGAGUUCGACUACAGCAGGCUCCCCAAACAGAGCAUCGGACAGUUCCAUGAGGGGGAUGCCUAUGUGGUCAAGUGGAAGUACAUGGUGAGCACUGCAGUGGGUAGUCGGCAGAAGGGGGAGCAUCCAGUGAGGGUGGCCGGCAAAGAGAAGUGUGUCUACUUCUUCUGGCAAGGCCGGCACUCCACCGUGAGCGAGAAGGGGACAUCAGCACUGAUGACUGUGGAGCUGGAUGAAGAAAGGGGUGCCCAGGUCCAGGUUCUUCAGGGGAAAGAGCCCCCCUGUUUUCUGCAGUGCUUCCAGGGAGGAAUGGUGGUGCACUCGGGGAGAAGGGAAGAAGAAGAAGAAAAUGCACAAAGUGAAUGGAGGCUGUACUGUGUGCGAGGGGAAGUCCCCGUCGAAGGAAAUUUGAUGGAAGUUGCCUGUCACUGUAGUAGCCUGAGGUCCAGGACUUCUAUGGUUGUUCUCAACGUAAACAAAGCCCUCAUUUACCUGUGGCAUGGAUGCAAAGCUCAAGCCCACACAAAAGACGUUGGAAGAACUGCAGCAAAUAAAAUAAAGGAGCAGUGCCCCCUGGAAGCGGGCCUGCACAGUAGCAGCAAAGUGACAAUCCACGAAUGUGAGGAAGGAUCGGAGCCACUGGGAUUCUGGGACGCUUUAGGAAGGAGAGAUAGAAAAGCCUAUGAUUGCAUGCUACAAGAUCCUGGAAAUUUUAACUUCACGCCACGCCUGUUCAUCCUCAGUAGUUCUUCUGGAGAUUUUGCAGCCACAGAAUUCAUGUAUCCUGCCCGAGAUACCUCUGUGGUCAAUUCUAUGCCCUUCCUGCAGGAAGAUCUGUAUAGUGCACCACAGCCAGCACUGUUCCUUGUCGACAAUCACCAUGAAGUGUACCUCUGGCAAGGUUGGUGGCCCAUUGAGAACAAGAUCACUGGUUCUGCCCGCAUUCGCUGGGCCUCAGACAGGAAGAGUGCCAUGGAGACAGUGCUCCAGUACUGCAAAGGAAAAAACAUCAAGAAGCCACCCCCGAAGUCGUACCUUAUCCAUGCUGGUCUGGAACCCCUGACAUUCACCAAUAUGUUUCCCAGCUGGGAGCACCGAGAGGACAUUGCUGAAAUCACAGAGAUGGAUACAGAAGUUUCUAAUCAGAUUACCCUUGUGGAAGAUGUUUUAGCCAAGCUGUGUAAGACCAUUUAUCCAUUGGCUGACCUCCUAGCCAGGCCACUACCUGAGGGUGUUGAUCCUCUAAAGCUUGAAAUCUAUCUGACUGAUGAAGACUUUGAGUUUGCACUAGACAUGACACGAGACGAGUACAACGCAUUGCCGUCUUGGAAGCAAGUGAACCUGAAGAAAGCCAAAGGGCUGUUCUGA